GAAUCAUGUAUUCACUUUUCUCUGCAAAUUUCACUUCUUUCUUCUUCAUAUUUGUGUUCUUGUUUGGGUUAUCAUCAGCAAGAACACUGUCUUCUUCUUCUUCUUCUUCUUCUUGUUCAUCUUCUUUUCAGAUUAAUAGAAGUAUAGAAGAAUUUGAAGGUUACACAGCAAUAUCAGAAUUUCGGGUAUUGAAUAGAAGAUCUUUGAAGGAAUGUAAUGAUCCAAAUCCAUAUAUUCAAAUCAAUAUAAGUGGAGUUGCAGCAUCUGGAAUUUCAAAUGAUCAAAAUGUAACAGUUACUGUUAGUGGGGUUUUGAACCCUUCAAAAUCUGAUUGGGUUGCCAUGAUCUCACCUUCUUAUUCCAGUGUCUCAGGUUGUCCUUUGAAGGAGGCAAUGUAUCUUCAGACUGGAGAUACUAGUAAGCUUCCUCUUCUCUGCCAUUAUCCUGUUAAGGCUCAGUAUGUGAGCACCGAUUCAGAUUAUCUUGAUUGCAAUAAGCAAGAAUGCAAGAAACACAUUGGUGGCUCCUGUGUAGUGAAAACCUGUACUGCUUCAUUAACAUUCCAUGUUGUUAACAUCAGAACUGAUAUAGAGUUUGUGUUCUUCACCGGAGGGUUUGAAACACCUUGUAUAUUAAAACGAACCGGGCCAACGAAUUUCGCUGAACCAAAUAAUCCUUUGUAUGCUCAUCUCGCGAGCAUAGAUUCGACCGGAGAAUCGAUGAGAGUAACAUGGGUGAGUGGAGACCAAAACCCUCAACAAGUUCAAUAUGGAAAUGGAAACAAUCAAACAUCACAAGUUACUACUUUCACACAAGAUGAUAUGUGUGGGUCCAACAUUACAAGCCCGGCCAAGGAUUUUGGAUGGCAUGACCCUGGUUACAUUCAUACUGCAGUCAUGACUGGACUUCUCCCUUCAACAACUUACUCUUACAGAUAUGGAAGUGAUUCAGUGGGUUGGAGUGAUCAAAUUCAAUUUCAAACCCCACCAGCAGGAGGAUCAACUGAGCUCAAAUUCCUUGCAUUUGGGGACAUGGGGAAAGCUCCUCGUGAUGCAUCUGUUGAGCACUAUAUUCAGCCAGGAUCAAUAUCAGUGACAGAUGCUAUGGCCCAAGAAGUUGCAUCAGGCAAAGUAGAUUCCAUUUUCCACAUUGGAGACAUCAGUUAUGCUACAGGUUUCUUAGUAGAAUGGGAUUUUUUCCUUCACCAAAUUGGAUCUAUGGCAUCUCAUGUUUCUUACAUGACUGCAAUUGGAAACCAUGAGAGAGAUUAUAUAGAUUCUGGAUCAGUUUACAUAUUAUCUGACUCAGGUGGAGAAUGUGGUGUCCCUUAUGAGACUUAUUUUCCUAUGCCUACUAUUUCUAAGGAUAAGCCAUGGUAUUCUAUAGAGCAAGGACCUGUUCAUUUCACUGUCAUCUCUACUGAGCAUGAUUGGAACCCUAACUCUGAACAGUACCAAUGGAUGGAAAGUGAUAUGGGUUCGGUUGAUCGAUCAAGAACACCUUGGUUAAUUUUUACAGGACACAGGCCAAUGUAUUCUACUUUAGCAGCAGUAGCAACAAGUGUAGAUUCAACAUUUGUAGAAAAAGUAGAGCCUUUACUAAUGGAUUAUAAGGUGGAUCUAGUUCUUUGGGGUCAUGUCCAUAACUAUGAAAGAACGUGUGCUGUUUAUCAGAACAAUUGCAUUGCUAUGCCUACAAAAGAUGGAAAUGGGACUGACACAUAUAAUGGUACAAAUUACACAGCUCCAGUUCAUGUAGUCAUUGGAAUGGCAGGAUUCUCAUUGGAUCAGUUUCCUAGCGAUACUAUCACUGCUAGUUGGAGUUUAGUAAGGAUUGCUGAAUUUGGAUAUGCAAGAUUUCAUGCUACAGAGGAAGAAUUGAAGGCUGAGUUUGUGAGUGCAAACACCACGAUGGUUGAGGAUAGUUUUCGCAUCAUCAAAAGGUAGGACAAAUAUAUGAGAGAGAGAGAGAGAGAGAGAGAGAGAGAGAGAGUGUGUGUGUUGAUAUCAUUUUCCUGAUGUAAUAAAUUUCAAAUAUUCAUUCUCUUGAUGUAAUAAAUUUUGUACAGUUAUAUUUAUAAUUA